ACAAAUUUGAAUGUUUCUCAACGGUUUUAAAAACGGUUGGUGUAUUGUAUAAGUGUUCGCGUUCAACUAUUGUUGAAUUGUUGUAAUAGUCUCACAAUAAUGGCAUCAUUUUAGCGAGUUGUAUUUGAAUUUAUUCAACCGUCAUUGUCAAAUCACAUUUUACACCUUUUUUUUGUUCGCGCAGUGCCAAUAUGGAGAGCCCUGUUUGGGAAAAAAUACUAAUAGAUUGGGUGAACUGUUUAAAACUCUCAAAACCCAUUCAAAAACUCGGCGAUCUCAAAGAUGGCAUAUUUUUUUCUAAUCUUUACAAAGUGAUUAAAAAGUCACCGGAACUACAUUACGAUGUUUUGAGUUCCAUAUUAAUGAUUAUAAACGAACACUACCCCAAUUUUACUACACCGAACAAUUCGACUCACCUAAACGAUCUCCCCGUUAAAGAUCUAACAGCCCUUACAUCUUUAUUGAUGCACUACACCUGCAUAUACGAUCGAAAGGACGCGUUCACAUCACCUUUAUGCUACAGUUUACAAGAAAUCACCCAAAUCCGCAUAAAAAGCUAUUUAGAGAAAGUGCAGGAAGAAUCGAGUAUAACGUACGAUCAGCUCGUCUUGAUCAUCGAUCGAUGCUUAGACGAGCAAUGCGAUGCGACUUACUUGCAAUCUCCCGUUUUACGAAGCCCCCUGCAAGACGUAUUCAAGACACCGUUGAAGGGCAGCAGGCUUAACGAGAAGAACAAGGAGAUCGCGCAGCUAAAGUCCGAUUUGGAUUUCGUGCAAGAGGAAAAGGAACAGCUAGAAGACGAACUUAAAAAUCAGAAAACCAAGUACAAUAAACUCGAGAAACAAUUAAAUAUAAAGAACGUUGAAAUCAGCAACCUUAGGAGUGAAAUUCUGCAGCUAGAAAACAGGACACCGCCUCAAUUCAGAGACCAAGAAUUACGAGACAUCCAGAAGAUUCACAGAACUAAAAUAGAAGCCUUAGAGGGUAUUAUUAAACAGUACGAGAAAGAAAACGGCGAACUCGAAGAAGAAAAAGACACCGAAAGAACUAAAGCGAAACAGCUGGAGUUCCAGUGCAAAACUUGGCUGGAGAAAUUCAUCGAGGCCGACAAGAACUGGCAGGCUUUGAACGAGAACUACUCGGAGCAGCUGGAGAAGAACAAAUAUCUGAGCGCGCAUUGCGCCGAACUCGAAGCCAUUUUGGCGGAAUUCAAAUCGUAUUCUAAAGAAGAAAGCUUCAACGAAGGUAGUUUUUGCGUGUCUUCGUUGUCGAAGAGCGUUCGUAGCCCGUCCAGUGAAGAUUUGGCGCAUUCCGUGAUCGAUAAGCAAUUCAGGGAAUUGCAAUUGGAGUAUGAAAAACUAAGAAUCGAAAAAGAGGAGGCGGCUUUGGAGUUGGAGGCUUGUCGAUCGAUGAACGAGGAAUUGAAUAGUUCCUUGCAGGAUUUGAGCGCGGAGAAUUCGAAACUGAAACUUAGUUUGAAGAGCGCCGAAGAAUUCUCUACAGUUCAAAAAGAUGCCAUUACCAAGUUUACUUUGGAGUUGAAGUCUUAUCGGUCGAUGAACAAGAGCUUAACGGAAAGCUUGGAAGCUUCCAGAAUUGAGAAUGAAAACGUUUCGAGGGAGUAUUACGAUUGCAAGGAGAGCCUCGAUAAAUUGGAAUUUAAAGCCAAUGAGAUGCAAAAAAAAUUAGAAACUUGCCAAUUAGAAAACGCUGGUCACAUGGAAGAGAUAUCGAGGUUGAAUUCGGAAAUCCAGAACCUUCAAAACUCUAUUAAAAAAUAUACAGAAGAAAAUGAAUUGAUAUCAAAUGAACUCGACCAAGCCAGAACUGAGCUGGGAAAACUUUCCCGUGAAAAAGAAACUCUUAUUAAAAGCGGUACUUUUUUGUUUAAAGAUUUGCUGCACAACGUGGAAAAAGGCCAAAUAGACGCUUUAGGAGACUCGUCUAAAUUUUUCGAAAAUAUUACAUUUAUUUUCAAUCUAGUAAACGACAAUAUGCAACAUUUGAACGAGACACUACAAGAAACGUAUGCGGAAAAUUCAAAUCUAAAAGUUAAUUUAGAAAGUGCCGAAAAAUUAUCGAAAGAUCAAAAAGAUUCAAUCAACAAAUUUUCUAUCGAACUAGAAUCUUGUUUAUCGACAAACCAGAACUUAACAGAGAACUUGGAACGAUGUGAAAGAGAGUUCGAAAGCGUUUCGAAAGAUUACCAAGAUUGUAAAGAAAACUUGAAAAAAUUAGGCUUGAAAUGCGAAGAAAUCUCGAUGAAGCUGCAAAAUUGCCAAAUAGAAAACGCCGGACUUGGCGAAGAAAUAUCCAGCCAACAUUUGAAGAAUGAGCAACUACAAAGCAACCUCGAAAAAAUAAUGGAAGAAAAAACUCUGCUUUCGAAAGAACUUGAAGACAGGAAAAUCGAAAUUGUACAAUUAAAUGAAGAAAUCAGGAUAAUAACUGAAGAAAAAACCAAUAUUACUAUCAGUCUAAACAAUACUAGUGAUGAAUUGGAGAAGAUCAAGCAAGCACACAGCAUUAUAAUUAACGAUAACGAUAAAUUAUCCAACGAUUUGCAAAUAAUUCAACGAAAUUACGAAAUAACCACAGCAGAAAAAGAUCAGUUGUCUGGAAAACUCAAACAAUUAAACCAAGAACUGGAAAAAAUAACGGAUGAAAAAACUCUGCUUUCGAAAGAACUUGAAGACAGGAAAAUUGAAAUUGUACAAUUUAACGAAGAAAUCAGGACAAUAACUAAAGAAAAAAACAAUAUUACUAUCAAUCUAAACACCACUAGCGAUGAAUUGGAGAAGAUCAAGCAAGCACACAGCACUCUAAUCAACGAUAACGAUAAAUUAUCCAACGAUUUGCAAAUAAUUCAACGAAAUUACGAAAUCACCACUGCAGAAAAAGACCAGCUAUCUGGAAAACUCAAACAAUUAAACCAAGAACUGGAAAAAAUAACGGAAGAAAAAACUUUGCUUUCAAAAGAACUUGAAGACAAGAAAAUUGAAAUUGUACAAUUUAACGAAGAAAUCAGGACAAUAACUGAAGAAAAAAACAAUAUUACUAUCAAUCUAAACACCACUAGCGAUGAAUUGGAGAAGAUCAAGCAAGCACACAGCACUCUAAUCAACGAUAACGAUAAAUUAUCCAACGAUUUGCAAAUAAUUCAACGAAAUUACGAAAUCACCACUGCAGAAAAAGACCAGCUAUCUGGAAAACUCAAACAAUUAAACCAAGAACUGGAAAAAAUAACGGAAGAAAAAACUUUGCUUUCAAAAGAACUUGAAGACAAGAAAAUUGAAAUUGUACAAUUUAACAAAGAAAUCAGGACAAUAACUGAAGAAAAAAACAAUAUUACUAUCAAUCUAAACACCACUAGCGAUGAAUUGGAGAAGAUCAAGCAAGCACACAGCACUCUAAUCAACGAUAACGAUAAAUUAUCCAACGAUUUGCAAAUAAUUCAACGAAAUUACGAAAUCACAACUGCAGAAAAAGACCAGUUAUCUGGAAAACUCAAACAAUUAAACCAAGAACUGGAAAAAAUAACGGAAGAAAAAACUCUACUUUCGAAAGAACUUGAAGACAGGAAAAUCGAAAUUGUACAAUUAAAUGAAGAAAUCAGGAUAAUAACCGAAGAAAAAACCAAUAUUACUAUCAGUCUAAACAAUACUAGUGAUGAAUUGGAGAAGAUCAAGCAAGCACACAGCAUUUUAAUCAACGAUAACGAUAAAUUAUCCAACGAUUUGCAAAUAAUUCAACGAAAUUACGAAAUCACAACUGCAGAAAAAGACCAGUUAUCUGGAAAACUCAAACAAUUAAACCAAGAACUGGAAAAAAUAACGGAAGAAAAAACUCUGCUUUCGAAAGAACUUGAAGACAGGAAAAUCGAAAUUGUGCAAUUAAAAGAAGAAAUCAGGAUAAUAACCGAAGAAAAAACCAAUAUUUCUAUCAGUCUAAACAAUACUAGUGAUGAAUUGGAGAAUAUCAAGCAAGCACACAGCAUUUUAAUCAACGAUAACGAUAAAUUAUCCAACGAUUUGCAAAUAAUUCAACGAAAUUACGAAAUAACCACCGCAGAAAAAGAUCAGUUGUCUGGAAAACUCGAACAAUUAAACAAAGUACUGGAAAAAAUAACGGAAGAAAAAACUCUGCUUUCGAAAGAACUUGAAGACACGAAAAUCGAAAUUAUACAAUUAAAUGAAGAAAUCAGGACAAUAAACGAAGAAAAAACCAAUAUUACUAUCAGUCUUAACAAUACUAGUGAUGAAUUGGAAAAGAUCAAGCAAGCACACAGCAUUCUAAUCAACGAUAACGAUAAAUUAUCCAACGAUUUGCAAAUAAUUCAACGAAAUUACGAAAUAAUCACGGCAGAAAAAGACCAGUUGUCCGGAAAACUCGAUGAAAAUGCGCUGGAAUUGCAUAAAAUUCGCGAACAUGUGGCUCAAUUAUCCGCGGAAAAGCUACAAUUCGAGCAAAAAUUGCAACAAUUAAACGAAGAACUCGAAAAAAUCAAUUUGAGUUACAAUCAAUUGUCCGUAAACUACCAGUUGAGUAACAAGACUAUCGAAGAACUGCAAUUGGAGUUGGAGAAAUGCAAUGGAGAUAUGGCAGAUGCUAAAGUGAAGAACAAGGAACUUAAUAAGAACCUGCGCUCUACUAAUAACAUGUCGAAGAAAAUUAUACAGGAUAUUAAAACGAACAUUUUAUUAGAAAAUAACGAUAAUGAAGCAGAGCAAACCGAAGAUAUUUUCGAAAAUAUACAAAAUAACUUCAAGUGCAUGAAAAACUUAAUAAACCAAAUACACAAAGAGAAAGAAGACUUAAGGAAUAUUCUCGAAGAAUGCCGAUUUGAAAAUAAAGAACUGCAAAUGGAGUUGCAAAGCUGCAAAGCGCAGGAAGAAAGCCUUGCUGUAGAGUUGCAGGAGUGCUACAAAAUCUCCAAGGAGGAAAAAGAAGAACUUUCCAAAGAGUUAAACGAGCGUAAAUCAGAAGUAGCCGGUUACCUUGAAGAUAAAUUGCAACUUAAGAAAGACAUUCGAAAAUUAACUGAUGAUAAUUUAAUUUUGUCGAAUAAUUUACAAGAGCUUUUACGCGAGAACCAGUCUUUGACGAAAGAAAAUACCAAAUUGUCGACUCAAUUAUCCAAUUUAUCUGAAGAAAACACCAAAUUAUCGACUCAACUAGCCAAUAUAUCCGAAGAAAAUAUUAACAUAUUCGAAGAUAAUACUAAAAAAUCCUCUCAACUAAGCAGCUUAUCUGAAGAAAAUGCCAAAUUAACUGAAGAAAUCACACAAAUAUCGACUGAAAUAUCUCAGUUAUCGGAAGAAAAUACUAAUUUGUUGAACGAACUAUCCAAUUUAUCAGAAGAAAACAUCAAUUUAUCUCAAGAAAAUACCAAAUUAUCGAAUGAAAUAUCAAAAUUAUCUGAAGAUAAUACCAAAUUGUCGACGCAACUAUCCAAUAAUUCUGAAGAGAUUAUCAAAUUAUCUCAAGAAAAUACUAAAAUGUCCAUUGAACUGUCCAAUUUAUCUGAAGAAAAUGCAAAAUUAUUGAGUCAAUUGUCCAAUUCUUCUGAGGAAAAUACUAGAAUCUCUACUGAACUGUCCAAUUUAUUUGAAGAAAAUUCAAAAUUAUUGAAUCAAUUGUCCAAUUCAUCUGAAGAAAAUACUAAAACGUCCAUUGAACUGUCCAAUUUAUCUGAAAAAAAUGCAAAAUUAUUGAGUCAAUUGUCCAAUUUAUCCGAAGAAAAUGCUAAAUUAUUGAGUCAAUUAUCCAAUUUGUCCAAUGAAAAAAGGAAAUUAUCUAAAGAAUAUACUGAAAUAUUGACUCAACUAUCUAAUUUAUCGGAAGAAAACAACAAAUUAUCGACUCAAAUAUCCAAUUUAUCGGAAGAAAAUUCUACAUUAUCCAAGGAAAAUACUGAAAUGUCCACUCGACUGUCCAAUGUAUCUGAAGAAAACACCAAAUUUUCUACUGAAAUAUCCAAUUUAUCCAUUGAGAAUUCCAACUUAUCAACUGAACUAUCAAAUGUAUCCAAAGAAUUGGAAAAUGCCAACCACAUUAUGAAGAACUUAAAAGAAGAAAUCAACGAUUUACGCAAAACUUUAGACGAGUAUCAAGCAGAAAAAGAAAAUAUCACAAAGCAGUACCAACUGUGCUUGAAAGAUAUCGAAACAUACAAAACCAUCCAGAAUAAACUGGACCUGCUCCAAUCGGAGAAGAAAGACAUCCUGGAAACCUUCACCAACAAACAGGUAGAAUUAUCUGUUCAAUUGGACCACCACAAAACCGCCAUCGACAAGUACUUGGAAGAAAUCGAAGCCCUGAAGACCGAAAACGCAGCCAUCUCCGCCGAGCUCCAGAAAACCAACGAAGAAAAGGUCAUCUUGAACAACUUCCUGGACCUGAACAACAACGAAAUUCAGAAGAUGACCCAGCAAAACGAAGAAAUUCUCGAAGCACUCGAAUUGAGCAAUAAACAAAUCGAAAGAGUUAUUCAGGAAAAGGCCGAUUUGUCCAGAGAGAAGAAUCGCCUUGUUAAAGAACUCGCCGAAAUAACUCAACAAUUCAACGAACUGUUGCGAGAAAACGACGCCCUAAUCGCGGAAAAAGACAAUUUCGUGCAAUUAACCUCGGAAAAAUCCGACGAAAUUACCCGAUUAGAGGAAAUUUGUACUACCAACGAUCGGGAACUUCGCAAUCUUCAAGAAAACCUCUCUACAUACCAAGAAAAAUACAGCAAAAUCACCAACGACAUGGAAACUACAAACAACAUGGCGAAGCAAAUUAAACAACAAAUAAACGAAUUCAUUUACUCCCAGAAAAGCGACGUGGAAUGCCUCAAAGAGGAGUUACUAACCGGAGUUACAGAUAUCCAACUAACUUUUAACGAGUUACAAAAUAAUCUGACUUACGUGGAAUCGAAGGUACGGGACGUUUUCAACGAGAAAAAGGGCCUCGAACAGCACCUGGAUCAAGCCAAUGAUCUAUCGAAUGAUCUAAAGCACGAAAUAAGCAAGCUUGCUCACGAUUUGGAAUUCGAUAAAUCCAAAAAUAACCAGGAAAUUAAUAAGUUCAAAUCCGAAUUGGAAAAGUGCGAGGCGCAAAUCGUAAAUCUGCUCGAACAAUCCGAGGAAUACAAGAAGAUUAACGAAGAAAAUUCUACAUUAAUUGAAACGUUAAAGGCCGAAAACGAAUCCGUAUCGAAGCAAUUGGAAGAUUACAAAUCGCACAAUGCACACCUAGUGGAAAAAUUGAAUGAAGAAAAUUGUUCUAUUGCUAAACAACUCGAAGAAAAUCGCCAGCUCUCAAUUUCAGCGAAAACUCUACAAGAAAACCUGGCAACGCUGUCCGCCGAAAACGCCGCGCUUUCGCAACAACGCGAAACAAUCGCCGAAGAAAACCGCAAUUUGUUGCAGCAAAUCGACCAACUGUCCCAAUCCAAAGCCGAAUUUUCCCAACAACUCGACCGCGUCUCCCAAGAGAAAGCCGACCUGUCCGACCGCAUGCAAACCAUGCUCAAAAACAACCACGAAAACUCCCAAUGCCUCGAAGACCUCGCCCAAAAAGUGGAGCGCCUCACCGACGAAAACGCCGAACUCCUCGGCAAACUCCCCACCCUCCUGAACGACCUAGAAGAGAAAACCAACAAGGUAGACACUCUCGAAGCGCACUGCGCCGACCUCAAGAAGCAGCUCGAAGACACCUCCGGUCUACUCGACAAGCUCUCCGACGAAAACAAAGGCAUCUUCGACAUCGUAGACCGAUUGUCCCAGGAGAAAACCGACAUGAUGCAGACCAUAGACUGCAUGUCCGAAGAAAAAAUGCAACUGCUCCAAGCCCUAAACGACCUAACCGGCGAAAUCGACGAGCUGACGCGCGACAAAACCAAACUCGCCGACCGACUAGCGACCAACGCCGACGAGCUGCAAAAAGCCAAGAAGGAAUUACACGAGAUAAUGGAAGAACAAACGCGCAAGAUGAAAGAAACCGAGGCCAGUCUGCUGCUGGCCCGUCAAGGCGCCGUCGACGUUAAAAACGAGCUGAUGAGGCGAAUCGAAUCGGCCGAGCACGAAAACAACGUGCUCAGAACGCAGCUCGAUAAGGAGAGCCAGAACCUGCAGGAGUCCUACGUGACCGUGGUCAAUUCGAACAAGAAACUUGAAUUAGAAGCCGCCAAUAUGCGCAGGAAAAUCGACGAUAAGUCGAGGCAAUUGGGCGAGGCGAAGGACGCGCGCGAUAAGUUGCUAGAAGAGAAUAACAAGCUGAAGACCGAAGUGGAUACGGUGAAGUAUAAAAGGACGAGGGAUCGGGAAGAUUUCGUGGGGUAUCUGAAGAAGGAGCGGGACGAGGCCGAUAAGAGAGUGAAGGCCGUGAGGGCGGAGCACGAGGAGAAGUUGGAGAAGAUGAAGGCGAAGAUGUUGCAACUCUAUCGGGACGAGAUCAAGAAGGAAAUGCAGAAGGUCCAUGUGGGACAAAGUGAAAAUACGGACCACGUGAGGACCAUAGUGGAGCUGCAAGCCUCCUUGCUGAAGGCCAACGAGAAGAUAUUCCUGCUGGAAACCAGAUUGGAGAAAACGAAAGAAUCGGGCGGUUCGCAGAGGAGCCUGCAGUCGCAGCAGGAAUCGAGCGUGACGCUCAGGAAUAGAGAUGUCGGUUCGAUAAGGGGCAGUAUAACAUCCUUGCGAUCCAUCGGAUUGGACAGGGACGUUUUGGGACGAAGGGAAUCGGUACAAAUGAUCAAAAAAGGUCGAAGUACCUCGACGCUGCCGAACUACAACUACAGGGAGAGCCUGAACAUCGACCGGACGGGCGGCAGGUUGUCGACGAUACACGGCCAGAACUUCGCCGAAUUCGAGGAGAUCGUCACGAUGACGAGGAGACGAUCGAUCAACAGCGUGCCCAACAUGGAAAUGGAGGACGAAGACGACGAUUUCAACAAUAAAUAUCUGGCCGAUUUGAAGGCGGGCAAGUGUACGGUACCCUCUGAAGAAUCGAAAAUCAAUCGAUUCUCCGAGCUGACUUGGAGGAAUUCCAUGUUACCGCCGCAUUUGAAGUCUUCCUAUCCCGCCGAGAUGCAGUUCCUUACGCCUACUAAGUUCAAGGAGGAGGAUAUUAAGGGCAACGUGGAACUGAACGACAGCUCGAGCAGAUUACUGCCCGGGGAAAAACCGCGACAGAAGAAAGACUUUGGUACGACUUCGUACAAGAAACCGGGACCUCCUACGCCGAGCAAGAAUGGUGGAAGAUCUUCGCUCCAGAAUAACGAGGUUCAACCGUUGAGGGAACACAACGCGACGCCCAAGAAAAUGACUCCUAAUAGAAUAAAAGCUUUAUUUAUGAGCAAGAGCAGUACGAGGGACAGGGACAAUUCUGAGAAUCAGAGUUAUACUCCACGGACUCUUAGAAGAUUAAGCAUUUUCAGAAGCAAGCAAAAAUAAAAUGUUUUUAUACAUAUGUAUAACUAUUAUAAUUUUAUCAAACGUUUUGUAGUGUAAUUUAUGUUUUGUGAUUAAAUUUUUUUACUUUAUUUCAGUCUUUAUAUUGUCAUUUAAACUAUAAGGCCCUUAUACACAUGUAAAAAACCAUUAAAUAACAAAUACUCUAUAUUUACAUUGAAAUUAUAAUAAUACAGUCUUAGUGUGAAAAUUACAUUGUUUUAAAAUUGUAAGUACGCAUAUCUUACAUAUUUUUUUAAGAUAAAACGAGUGUUUAAAUUUAAAGUCAUGUAGAAGUUUCUUGUUCGAUAUAUAAGACGAAUACGUAAAUCUACUUUUACUUAUUAAUAUUUGAAAACAAUAAGGAUAUUAGCUUAAUAUAAGAAGCGUAAACAAUUCUAUUCAUAAAUUUUCAGUACAACGUUUUUGUUUGGAGUAUGAUUUUUAAUUUGGCAUUUUAUUUUUUUAAAAACGAAAAUUAGGUAAAAGAAACGCUUAAAAACCAGCGAGCUUAACGUAAUAUCAUUAUUCUUACUUUAAUCUUAAAUUAAACAAAAACCACACUCCAAAUCUAAAUUGGAAACUUAAAACUAUUAAAAAACUUACUAUAAUUUGUUCUAAAGAGUAUGAAGUGAAAAAGGAGCGACUACAUAAGAUAAGAAAAAAAUUCAAAUUACACAAUCCAUUCAAUCCAUAGACUUAACCAAUUGCUUCUUGUUAACCUUACCCAUGGCGUUCUUAGGGAUUUCCUUUACGCUUUUAAUGAUACUCGGCACCCAAUAACCGGGCAUCUUAUCAGCGGCCCAUUCUCUGAUACCAUCCAACGUCACCUCUUUAUCCGGCUUCGUCACUAUCAAAGCGGCGACCCUUUGGCCCCAUUUCUCGUCCUCCACGCCAAACACCGCGCAUUCCUUAAUAUCCGGAUGCAGCACGAGUUUCCCUUCGAUUUGCAAAGCGCUCAGCUUGUAACCGCCCAUCUUGAUAAUAUCCACGCUCUUCCUUCCCAAUAUCCUGAAUUGCUUCACGUCCUCGUCGUACUCGCAGAUGUCACCCGUUUUGAACCAACCGUCUUCGGUGAAUUCCUUGCGCGUCGCCUCCGGUAGAUUGUAAUACUCUUUGAAUACCCCGUCUCCUUUCACCAGCAAUUCGCCUGGAAAUUUAAUUAAAAACAUUAAUUUGUUGUUGUAACGAAAAGAGGGAAAUUACCUUUGAGGUUUCCCUCGCUCGGUUUGGGAUCUUUUUUGUUGAAUACAACCUUCCCGUCGAUAUUGGUGCUCUCUAACACGAUUUUAGGUUCUUGUUUCGGUGCAGCUUCCUCGGCGAAUCUCACGGAUACUCCAGGUAGAGGUACUCCCACUGUUCCCGGAAACCUUUCGGAAUCGUACUCUUGCGAAAGAACCAUCCCGCAU